CACGCCCGCUGCUGCCGUGCGGCGGGGCGGGGCGGUCCGAGUCCGCGGGCGCCGCAAGCAACCCGGAAGCUCCCGGCAGCCCCCGCGUCGCCCGUCAUGGCGGCCGAGGUAUCUUCUGAGAACCCACUUAAUUCAGAAUGGCUUUGAUUAGCCGAAAAAGUUUCCAGUUUUAUUCAUCCAGCACGCCAGCAAGCAGGUCGAUUUUGAUGACUCUCAGCAAAACACUGAGCUAUAUCAGUGGGCAGCGAAAGCCCCAAAACUGUAGCCCCAUAGCCAUGAGGAUCCUGUAUUUCAAAGAUAAAUCUCAGUAUGUGUUUUGUAGGAAAAAACAUGUGCAACUGCGGAUACAGUCUCUUCCUGUUAAUGAAUCUGGGCAUCUUUGUGGAGAUACUGGGAGCAGUCCUAAAUCUGAGAAUGAGUGGAUGGAUGAACAACUGUUUUUCAAGAAGUUGAACAGCUUUUAUACGUCAGAAGAGAUCUUUGACUUUCUUAGCUCUCUGGAAGUUAUGUCUGAUACUAUUGCGUCAGGAGCCCUGCAGAGGAUUUCUGAAGUUGAGGUGGAUGACAAUGGUCUGAAAAACCCUGAAGGAGUGUUAGAGAAUAAAGUUUUCAGGGCAUUAUGCUUUCAGUUUGAAACUGAAUCCUCAAAACUGUCAAACACUGGGCUGCUGAGUGCAUUGCAAGCUUUGAUAAAACUACGUAUAGAUCCCCAGAGUACGCUGAUGGCAAAUUUGCUGUCAGAGGCUGAGGAACGACUUGGUAAAGGACAGUUUACUGUUAAAAAUCUUUGUGCUCUUGGGGAGAGUUUGCUUGAGUUGGAAGGCCCAAGUUGUGUGAUGCUGGAACAAAUUGUGAACCGCCUGCAAGAAAAAGACAUUGAGAAGUGGAGUCCUAGUGAAAUAGUGAUGGUUUAUAAGAUGCUGCAGGUGAUUGUAAGGGAAGGAGAACAAUACCAAGACUUGCUAAAUAGAUUGAACAGUGUCACUUUAACCAUAGUUUCUCAGCUAAGCCCAAAGUUCACAAGUGUAAUACUUAAUUCACUCGUUGUUCUUCAUCAGACCCAGGCAAUUCCUUUAGUCACAGCACUGUGUAAACACUCUGUGAAGCAUGUUCCCUGUUUCACAGGUGUUGAACUGGUAAAUAUACUGGAAGCCUUCCUAUACUUUGGACAUCGUGAACAAAUUUUUACAGAGGCACUGGAAACACAUGUUCCCAAGUCCAUCUUUACCAUGCAUCCUGAAACAGUCAGCAAAGUCAUGCAAUAUUGCUGCCAAAAGAUGAUCCUUUCCAAGCCCAUCUUUGAUGCAGCUGCAGCAGAUUUCAUUUCCAAUGCGGACAGAUUUACCACUGACCAGAUUGCUGAGUAUAUUAUACCAUUUGGCACUCUUAACUACCUCCCACCAAGUGCUGCUUCCUUGUUUAGGAAGCUCGAAAAUGUACUGCAUACUCACUUCAAUCACUUUCAUCCUCGUACCUUGCUGAACUUGCUGCACUCCUGUGUCCUUAUUCAACGCUAUCCAGUAAAUUUUCUGCCAAAAAUAUUUAGUCCCUAUUUUCUGCAACGGCUUCAAGCUCAGCCACCUGGUUUGGACAGUAUUGUUACGUCCCAGCUAACCCAGCUUUUUCUGACUGUCACCCUGGAGUGCCCAUUCUAUGAGGGUCCCAAACUCCUUCCGAAGUAUCAAGUAAAGGCCUUUCUCACACCUCGCAGUUCUCUGGAUUUUUACCUCCUCAAAAGGGUGAAGACUGGGUUACUUUAUUUACUGAAAAAAAGAAUUUAUUUUGCAUCAGAAGUAUCAACCCCAUAUUUCUAUGCAGUUGACAUUGAGAUUAAAUUAGAUGAAGAAGGUUUUGUAUUGCCUGCUGCCCAGUGUGAAGAAGUACACAGACGAAUUGCCCUCUGUGUUGAUGGUCGAAAUAGAUUUUGCAUUAAUAGUCAUAAUCUGCUGGGAGAAGAAGCUAUUAAACAGAGACAUCUUUGCUUACUUGGCUAUGAAGUUGUGCAGAUUCCAUUUUUUGAGGUAGAGAGUCUACAAAAUUGCAGAAAAAUAGCAGAAUAUCUACACAAAAAGAUCUUCCCUCAUACGUACAGACUUGACUGCUGACACUGGAGAAUACAACUAAAUCACUGGUUGAGUUCCUGGACUAUAUACUGUAAAUAUCGUACAUGGAAGAACAGUUCUGUUUUCUAAAUAUCUCCACCUAUGAUGAUUUGAGCUUUUGAAUGUGAGACCUUCCAAUAUUUGGAACAAUUGACAUGUAAAAAGUAAUAAAGAGCAACAUAUUUUCUUAAGUUUUCUGUAAAAAUUUAUUCUAAUUUAACUGAUAUAAGUGCCAGACAGUCAGUGCUGGGUUUCAUUUGUCUUUGCACUGGUUCUAACUCACAACUGCAGAUGGACAGAUGUGACUAUUCAAGGAUACUGGCUGGUGCUGCAUAUCCAGGAUGUGUCGUGCUCCUACUCAUCAAGAAUAUUCUUGACAGUAUCAAAAUAAAUUAUGCACUUAACUCAUAGCUGUUUGUAUGAUUUCCCAGGUAUUUCAUAAAACUAAAAUUUGCAGUAGUUGCACAGGCAGUAUUGGCUUAUUGCUCAUGUUUAAGAUAUACAGUGCUGUUCACCAAAGCAAUGCCUUACAGAAAAUGAGAGUUUCUAUUAAAAAGAUUUGGCCUACUUUGUAAAAGAUCAACUGCCACAUGGUAGGGAACUUACACAGCUGUCUCUGUAGGAGCUACCCUGUGUUCUGGGUAUGUACUAUUCAUAGUAUUGUCUUUGGUGACAGCUUUCGCUAAGCUGGAUAAAUGUAUGCACUCCAGAGUUCUGUCAGUUUACAGCCUGCCAUUCAAGUCCAAACUGAAACCCAUUAUGCUGUGAAGUUCCAAAGAACUCUGUCCUAUACAGUCCUUUUUUUGUAUGAGUAUAAAUUCUGGCAGAAGGGUGGAAUGGAGAACUGGAACCAGUAACUACUUCAGCAGAAACAAGUGUGCCUUGACUUCAUUCAGUGUUGCUUUACAGAGGGAUGACGGGAAGAUAACAUAGUCUUAGUUCCAAUCAUGUAAUGUGUAGUUGAUGAACUGUCACAUAAAACACAUUUUCAGGCUAGCUUGUGAAUCCUGUACUGUGUGGAAUUACUGCUUAUGAGUAGCAAAGCAGAAUUCCAGCAUCACUUUAGGUAAUACAAAAAAAGGUGAAACUUUUAUAUCCCAGAAGUUCUAUAUAUUUCACCAAUAGAUACAGAAUGUGGCUCUUUUUUCCUUCCAAGGCUACUGUUAAUAAUUGGUGAGUUGCAGGUGUCUGUCAAUUGCCCCAACAAUCCCUGGAAAUUUUUGGAUGCAAAAUCCGAAUCCAAAAUAAGAUUGUAUCAUGCUGUACAUUCUGUUCAUGUUAAUUUAUUGCAUGUUUAAAAACCUUACUCGCAGUAGUAUGAGCAUUGAAAGAUGAGGACGCACAAAGAGAUAAUGGUAACCUAAUAGUUGUCAUCGUAGCAAAAGAGAAAUUGAAGGAGAAUGACUGAAACGUCUUUGCAGACAUUUAGAAGGAACUUCUCACUAAUACAGAAGAAAUAAUCGAGGUAUUCUUUCAACACUAACUGAACACUGAAGGGAGAAGUAAGCCACUCAAAACCGAAUCAGACAUAAGCAGUCAAAAGUGGGGAGGGAUGAGAAGGGGGUGACAGAAGCAAAGAAACGAGAGAGAGAAACGGAUGCUCAUGUAAACGACUCAUGCCUUUUUCCACAGCGGAAGUGAGUUUGUGAUGCUUCUUUCUCACACACACCAGAAGGUGGUGGUGUUCUCAAACAGAUUUGAUUUCCUGUAGUUUUUCACACAGAUGGUUUGUAAAUAUAGUAAGACUACUUAAAAGAAGUAAUUUGUACUGACUGUCCCAAACUAAAAAUAAACUGUCUAGAUUAUUGCCAUAUUCCAUCUCAUUCUUCAUGGGCAUACAUUUGAUACUGGUUUUUGAAAAACACGUAUUGUUAGAAAACAUUUUCCUCUCACUUUGUUCUUUCUGUGAUUCCUUUCAUUUAGUGCUGCUGGAUUUGGUUAUUGAAGUAUUUAUUGUUGAGAAGGAGCGUAGCAGUUACUGCCCUCUUGUCGCUAGCUUAUUGAACACAGAAAUUUGCAGCUCAUGAGUAAUGAAAGCAAUAAACACUUAGAAUGGGCUGCUCGGUGGGCUCUGCUUCUAACAUCAGGCUAAACAAGUAAUAUCGAUUGCCUAACUUCCUACUUAUCCAGAACCUAUAUGAAGUUCUUUGUUUUUAUUGUAUUUUAACUAGAAGACUCACUGUGUUCACAAAUUAUAUAGAUUUCCUAUGUGUAGGUACCUGGCAGAACUCAUGUCAAAGCUGUGGACUUCCAGUCUUUGUUCUGAUAUGACCAGUCUGGCUGUCGUUCCUUUCUGAACAAUACUGCCUCAGCUUUAAAUAACAGCAGGAUCAAUGGCUCUUGAGAAUCAAGCUGAUGCAUACCCUGCAGGAGAUACUCCUUUUCAUGAAAUUACUGUUUAAUUUUAAUAUUGGAUUCAGUCAGAAUGCAAGGCAUGAAAUGCUUAAGCGAGUUUAGGCGUUUACCCUAAACAUGCUUUUUAAGUAAGUACUGCUCAAAUCCUUGUUUACUCCAUCCUUUCUACCACACUAUUUAGUGCUUUUUCUCCUAAUGUUAAUUUUUCCUUUUUUGCAACAUUGGAUACAGAAGCAAAGAUGAUUUUUCUUGUGCCACUCUUGAACAGAUCAAUCCCUCAGACACCAUUCGUGUUGUGAAAGUCAGUGAAAUGGAUGUCUGAAAAGACGAGAUUUUGUCUAUUCAAAUGCUAACUACUCAGAAGUUCCCUUUAGCUUGAAUUCCACUAGAAGUCUACUGAAACUGCCAAGCACUUCUCUAAAUCAGAUCAUUUCUUUACUUGCUCAUUUAUGGGCAAGCCCAUCCACUUUGGAAAAUCGGAGCUGAAUCCCUGUUUCACCUAUUAUGCAGAAAAAAUAACACUUAGCAAUUUUGUAGCAAUACUGUAAAGAUUAAGAAGUCAACGACCACUGACACGUUAAGGAACAAGCUUGCUUGAAUGCUAAAUCUGUAAAUAGUGUAGAAGCACUGCCUAAAACAGCUGAGAGACAGCUGUUGACCAACAGGCCUCAUUUCCAGUCUUGCUACCUGAAUGUUCAGCUCUUGCUGAUGCUCUUCAUCGUGAGGUUUUUAUGAGACUGUAAGGGGAAAAUAUGCACUUGAAGUAGCAUGAAGAAAAGUACAGCUGUUAUUUCAUCCAAUUUUUAGUCUGGAUCAUUCUCAUUUACUAAAAUGUAGAGGAAAAGGCAAAAGCAUCACAUUGUUUUUUGAUGCAAGGUGGGUUUUAUUCCAUGUAAAUAUUGCUACUGAUGACAAGUACAGGA